GCCGACGCUCAAGUGGUAGAUUACCUAGUUUACAUGUAAGUUCUGAAGUGUUCGGCAGUGGAAUAAUACCUAGUUACUGCCAAGCACUUUAGGACUUACUCCUAAACUUUCCUAAACUACGUACCUUAAACACAAGACUACACCAACGCCCUAUAUUCAAACUAAGAACUGCUGCAGAGUGUGUAAAUUCUUCUCUAUAGCCACAUGCCCAAGUGAGUGUCUCAUUUGCUGGUCUGCAGAGGGGGCACAUUGGUGUUUUAUCUGUUUCUUUUAUGCAGUUAAGGUGGAAUAAAAUUUAAGUUGUAUGAGUCCUGUAUUGUGCGUAGGUAAAAGAUUAUGACAUGUUUGUUUCUUUGGAGGAAAUUUAUUGGAUCUUUGUGGUCAGGACUGGGCAUUCGUAUGGCUUAUCUGGUAGGUCAAUGGAGAACAUUAAAAAAUAGGGUACAACUUGUGGGAGUGUGGCAUUAUGUAUUUUUUGUUGGAUAGUAUCAUCUGUAAAAAAUAACUUUAACAUUUGUACAUCUUGCCAUUAAUCCCUGCAUUGUUUAACUUCCAGAGUAAACCUUAAUUUAUUAAACAUAAAGAAUCUAUUUAUCUUAAAAAAUUUUAGAAUGUCAAGAAGAGGCAUCAAAAGAAAAGCCCCGGAUCUAGGCCACCUGGUAUGUAAAACAAGCUUUACUAAUUGAUAAAUAUUAUUCAAACUGUUUUAAAAUGCAUCUAAAACAAAACUUCGUUGCAUAAAUUUAAUUUACCCAGACUUUGCAUUUAUGAACAUAAUGUCAGACCUGUUUACCACUGAUUUAGUGUCAGAGUAGUUUACAGCUAUCAAAAACAUAAUUUCAAUCUCCAAAGAGUAGUUUUGAGGGGGGGGGGGUGUUUGGCGACCAUAGCAAUAAAAAUACAAGUUAUGUCAGGAAAUCCACUCAACUGCUUAUAUAAGUUAACACAAAUAAAUAUACAUGAUUUAGUCAUCCAAUUUGUUUCUUAAGAAUAAGAAAGGUCUUAGUCUUAGGCAAGCACAAAAGGCACAGACUUGUUUGACUAAUAGGCAUAUCUAAAUAAAAAAUUCAUUACUAUUACAACACAACAGUUUUGUAUUUGGCAAAAUGAAAACAAGCAUGCAUUUGUAAAAUUAAAAACACUACUGAAACACAAAACAAAUGAAAAAAAAUUAUCAAAUAAAGGUGUAAUAAGGGGAGAGACUGCAAUCAGGCUAGUACAAAAUAAAAUGAGUAAAACAGAGUAGGUUAAACCUGAAAAAAUACACGCAACAAAACAGCGAACGUGUUGGCAGAAAGCUUUCGUCAGCAAACAAAACAACAGAAAAAAACGGUUUAAAAAUAAAAAUAAGAAAUAGCACUUAGUUGGUAAGUAGUAUCUGUGGGCAGCAAUAGAAGUGUGGCAGAAGGAAAGUGAGUGAGAGUUUAAAUAUGCAACGGCGAUUCCCAUACAAUACGCCACAUUGCUCUGGGUGCCAAACUUCCCUGGCAGAGUCAUGAGAAUGGGGCAAAGAGGGCAGUCAUAUCGAGCGCCAAAAUUGUCUUUAGAUAAGAUGUUAAAUAGUAAAUUAUAUUAUAAAAUCCCAUAUACUACAAAAAGAUAAGGGGCGCAAAAAAUAGUCUUUUUACUGGUUGGGGGGGGAGGGUUCAAUACAUUAAGUGGCACCAUUUUCCGGCUUUGCCCCAGGUGCUGCAUUUCCCCGGCAUGGCCCUGUCCUGGGUUGCAUCAGAAGCUCCGCAAAAUAUUACACUUUUCAUAAUUUUAUUUCCACUUUUAAUCCAAUCUAGCAGCCUUGUUGCAAACAUUUGAGUAACUACUAUUUGCAGUUAUUAGAUUUUUAAACCUACAUUUUAUUUUGUUUAUGUAUUAGCUAUUUCAAAUUGCUUUUGUUAGAAUUUAGCAAAGGGCUGCUGGCGAAACCUACAUUUGUAAUAGGCGACAGAAUAAAAAAAAUUGAGGAAUCACUUGCAUAGCUUGGGUGGGGCGAGGUACAUCACACGCACACUGAAGAUGCGGUGGUUGAAAUAUCACAGUAAUACUGCUACUACUGAGGACUAUUUGAGUGACAUCUAGGGAGUUUAUUUGUGAAAACAAGAGACAAUUAAUUAUGACAAUAAUUCCUACAAAACAUCGCUUGAUAUUUUUACAACAUAAGAAAUAUAUAAAAAAGCUAUUUUUGGACUGUCAAAAUUUCAGGAUGAUUAUUGCAGAGUUUUUUUAUAAAUAUAGUUCUUUCUUCCACCCCCACCCCCCUCCAUACCCACACAUAACCUAAAUCAACAAACCCCUGAGUGCGUAUCAACUAAAUUGAUGGCCCCUUACGCCUAAAUAUGUUGUUACAGUUAAAGGUGAAAUGAACAGGACAAAAACAACUUUCUGGGCAUUACGGUUUGAAAUUUCAUGGGAAAGCGCAUGUGCAAUCAAGGAUAAAUCACUACAGCAUUGAGUCCAAAUCCAAUAAAUAAGCUACAGUAGGGCUAAUAAUAGAUAACACAUUGGCGGUUUUAAGUAUUAACAAUUAAAGCACCCUCAAAAAAAAUAUUCUGGUUGGCUCUUUAUGAUCGAGUCCGUAAAGACAAAUACUGUUGUUCUUAUUCCAUUUCUUAUGUUGUUAACAUAAAAAAAUACUGUAGCUUUUUACUGAAAGCCCCCAAUUUUUUAAAAAUAAUAAACUAAACUAAUGAACAAAAAUCCCAAAACCGUUUUUUUUUUUAGGGUUGUGGUAGUCUUAGGCUUAAGAACCUAGUUACUUCGGCGAAAGUGUAAGAGUAAACAGCUCUGUAAUUUACAUCGGGCUCAUUCCUGGGUGCUACUUCACCUAUCGAUUAUUGUGUUGACACUUAGAUGUCACAAGCCUCAAUGGCCUACUUCUAGGCUUGUCACUGGUGAAUUCAACUUAACUUUUCAAAUUAUAGUCUACUUUUCCUUUUGUUUAUUGGAGACUAAUCCCCCAGUCUAGGAACAAUGUUCAAAUGUGUAGGAAUCAGAGGAAUGUUGGCUCCUGUUUCUUCAACCAGUUAUUGUAUUUAUAAUUUUUACCCUCAUUCUUCUUAAACCAAAUCGUAAACCGUGAUUAACUUAUAAAAUAUUAUAAUUUAAAAAAAGAUUAUGAUGCACACUUUUUAAUUACGGUAUAUCAGGCAUUUCAAGAAUACAUAAAAAAUAAUCGAUAAUCAAAAUUACAUGAUGAAGCCAGGCCAGAUAAUCGUAAUCUGCACAUUUUCUAUCUAAGAAGAAUAGUUAGUAAGGAUGGGGGAUCUGAGGCAGAUAUCAAGGCAAUUUUUUUUUAACUUAAAAAAUAUUUGGAACUCUUGGCAGUCUUGGCAAAUAAGGAGAAAUAUUAAUUAAAUUUUUUAUACUGGUAUCAAAUGGUCUGCUGUAUGGUUCAGAAAACUGAUGAUCAACAAAGAAAGGCUGGAAAAGACUUCAAGACAGGGAAGACCCAAAAACACCUGGUGAAGAGAAGUCAACAAGGAUAUUAAAGUUCAGAAAGGGUUGCCAAGAGUUAGAGUUAGAGAAGAUAGGAGGAGAAUGGAGGGCAUGGAAAGAUAUUAUUAAUUGCCUAUGCUCCAUUGAGAGUUGAAAAAGCAAUGAAGAAAAAAGCAACCCUACUUUAAAUAUUCUCAUUUCUUUUCUCCAAAUAAAUAAAUAAUACAUUUUCUUGAAUUUAUGGGAGUGAGGAUAUGUCUUACUAUUUUUCUUGACAUCUUUGUAAAUAAAAAAUAUUGUUUUUGUAAUGCAGCCAAGUUUAGGUGAUUAUGCCCCAACAAUGUUCUUGAGGUGCCACAAUCAGCGUGAAUCAGAUGACGAGACAAAAAUUUGGAAGUGUGCUUUUGAGCCCUCCAUAGAUAAUCCAGGUUGGUAGUUGUAACUGAAAAUAUAUAUCUUUGUUGUUAAUUCCUUAAGACUCUAGUUAGAAAACAACUUUACCAAGGUCCCUUUUUCACAUUAGGUUCGAAAGUUAAAUAAUGUGCACUUGCCUUCACAAGGUACGUUAACAUUGUGGGUUUGUUGCAGCCACAAAGCUCAGUGGGAAAUCCUUGUUGAGAAUCCACUGGUAGUUGUUGAUUUUUACAAUCUUCAGCUGGCCGGGAUAUCCCAUGUAGGUGUUAACAACUAUGCAGAACUAUUGUCAAUAUGUGCUAACAGUUCUAACGCAACUGUCAGCAACCUGCGACUGCAUGUUCUCUUCAUAUUAAUAAAUUUAGCUUUUUUAUUUUAGCUUUGAUUUUACCAAUAGCCAGCCAUGCAAUUUAAGAGAAAAUUAAAACAUAAAAUUUUAACCAAAAAAUUAAAUAAGUUCCAUUUUUAAAAAAAAAUACUUUUUUCCUCUAAAAUCUUUUCUUGUCUUGCCCGCUCCAAUAAAAACAUAUUUGAAAUUUAUAUCACAAAUUAUAAUAUUCAAAAUACAAAGUAUGGCUACUAUCGAAUACAACUGAUCAUAAAAAUGUGUAAAUAAGUCAACUAAUAUUAAAUCAUCAUGAGUUUUUAUUGGCAUAUGUAUUAUGAUGCCAUUUUUUCCUAUAUUGCCAGCAGUAAUUUAAUAAUAUACUGCAACACUCACCAAACCUGUGAUUAAUGAAACCUGUUGACCCUGUUUUUGUUAGGAGUAGCAGGUGGUCUCAGAAAUUUCACAACUUUCAACAGCCUGCCCGGUUGAGAAGCUCAGAAACAAAUCAGAAAUGUGAAAGUGCCUAUAGAGUGGCCCUUCUUUUUUAAGUUUGUUCCUGAAAGCUCCUGGCUCAACUUGUUGAUUUAACUUAAAGUGUAAAUAUGAAAAUAAAUUUGAAUGGAUUUGAGAAAGAAAAAAAGAAUUAGCUUUAGUUUUUAAUUUUCCAACCCCAAGGGGUGCAAGGGGGCAUUUCAGGGGCUGUGUAGAAAAGGGAUUUAAGAACAGAGGACACAUUAGCUUUUAAGGUAUAUAAAUGUUUAUAUAUUUUAUGAUCUUUCUUCUCUUCUAUAUAUUAAGGGCCCACAAUCAAUGUAUUUAUCAUUCUGUCUCGGGUUGAUCCUGUAUUAUAGGCCAAAACGUGCCAAAGUGUCCUUGUUUUAUAGCCAUUUUAAUUGUUUCUAUAGUAUAGUAGUUACUUUCCUAGUGUCUCAUUUUUAUUUGACUUAGUUUACAUGUUUUUAAUAAUUGUAAAGCGCUUAGAGCUUUAAGGUAAGCGCUAUAUAAAAAAAUGCCUAAAUAAAUAAAUAAUAAAUAAGUAGAGGAGAUUCGCAAUGUUUCUGUUCCUUAAAUUUAAGAGGAUACAUCACUGGUUGCAAGGGCUGCACAGCGAUCGUAUCAGGAACUGGGGGUUGGAAGGCCUGAGGCAACAGACACAAAUGUGUCAAGUGUUGUCACAUCAAAUGUUCCUUUUGGAAGCUUGUUCCUGUCCCUGAUUGUCUUUGGCAGGAAUGAGCAUUUCCUGUACUGUGUUCUUGCUGUUAUGAGCUGGAACUGCCUGUCAUGGCCUCAUGUCUGUCUAGGGGGGGAGAGGGACGAGUUUCUGCUUUAUGUUGGAGCAGUGGACCAGCCCAAUUUUAUAUUGUACAUCAUUGGAGAGCCCUGAUAAUCAUCGUCAUUUCUCCAAUGGUGACCAGCCCAGUGUUUCCAGCAUGCUGCCAAACCUGUGGUGUUCCUGUAGCAGUUCAGGACAAAGCCUGUAGCUGGACCGCCUCCAACCUGUCGAUGCUCCUCUGGGUGAAUGGGUCCCAAACUGAAUUUGCCGGACAAAGGCUUAAUAGGCUUCAUUAACAUUAUUUAAUAAGGCACAGGUUUAUUUCCAAAUUUCUCUUUGCAAAUCAAGAAAUAAGUCGAAAUCCAUUAUUUUCAAAGUUUAUAAUGAAUAUUUACUUUUGCAGGGGGUGUGAUACUUAGUAAAACACAAAAUUAGUUUUUUUUUAACUAUCAACAGUUUUUCACUUAAAAAGUGUGCAAAUUAUGGUUUUAUAUUUUUUAGCUUUUUUGGGUAGUCACUAAGUCACGGUACAUUUUGAUAAAAUAUGUAUUUUGCAACAUUGGUUGGUAUUAGCCAAAUAAUUUAUUACACCUAAUAUUUGUACAUUGCCAUUUGGUAAAUGUGCACUUAUUGAAUUUAAUGAAAGUUUUAUCAAAGAAGUAUGUUCAUUGCUCUACUUAACUCAACUCUAACCUCUGCUUUUAACUUUUAGAAGAGACAACAAAUUUGCUGGCCACCUGCGGUGGAAAGACCGUCUGUAUUAUUGAUGUGAACACCCAACAAGUUCUGAAACGGUUCCAGGACACCGACCGUAAUGAAGUAAUUAAUAAAAUUCUUUGAUUUUUUGGGUUUUUUGUUUGUUUUGCCCCCUACAAUCCUGAAUAUGUUGAAUUAGUAUCAGUACCUUUCUUUGUCCACAUACAUUUCUAAUGAAAUUUCUAUUACAUACUUUUUUUUUUACAACAUCUAAAAAAGAAGACUUAAAAAAGAAUUAAGAAAGGGUUGUCUUUAAAAGAUGAUUUUCUAGUUAUUGUUAUAUUAUACCAAUUAUUUGAUGAAUGUAUUUCCAUUAGAGCUGCGCCAAGUAACCCAAAAAGUAAAGCUAGAAAUAUGACUAAAUAUGAUGAAUAAUUAAAUUAUCUAAAAUUUAUUAAAAUACCCAUAUCAAAGAACAAUACAUAGUUAUAAAAUAAAUAAAUGGCAGCAGGAUAAUCUGUAAUUUGUCAAUCAGUACAAUGCUUACAUAUAUAGAUCACUGAAUUAAUGUUCUUCAUUAGAUAAUGAAAAUAACAAAAUUAUUAUUCUCUCUUACUCCUGAUAACAACUGAUGUAGGCUGUAUAAUCCAUGUGUCUUUUGCUCCUUGAAAUUAUUAGCUAAAUCAUCUUCUCUUUAUGACGUAAAAGAUUGCCUCUGCCCUUAACCCAAAUAGUUGCACUAUAAUUUUUGUAACAUAAUAUUUAACAAUUGUCCCUACAAUGCAUUUUCAAAGUACAAUGCCUACUAACAAACACAAUUAAUUGGCUUCGAUCAUUGUGUCUAAUUGACAUAGUUACUAAUUGAUGCAACACUUAUUUCCACGUUAAUAAAUAUUUAAAUAUUUUUGUGUUCAAAACGUGUUCAGAACUUCUACACCCUUGCUUGGACCACAAUAGAGGCUGCCAGCAUGAAGAAAGUUAACAUCUUGGCUGUUGCAGGUAGUUGAAACCUUAUUAACUUGUUUUAAAAAAACAAAACGAUAAGAGAAAUAAAGCAUAAGAAUUAUAAUGUCCUUUUUCCUUAACCAGUUGAGAAAACUCUUUUUUUUAUUUUUCAUGAACUUAAAUUUGUGUAAUACCUUGCAGGAGAGGGGGCUGCAAUUAAACUGAUAUACCCAAGUCAACUGCUGAUGUAUGCCACAAUUCGUGGCCAUAAAAAAUAUAUCAGCUGCUUAUUGUUCCACCCAACAUUGACAAGACUAUUAUUCAGUAAGUUAGCAGUGUGGGGAUAUAUGUAAUAUUUUAUUCCAAGAAACAAGAGCAAUAUAUAAUUAUAUAUAUUUAUUUAUAUACACACACAUACAUACAUACAUACACAUUUAUGUACAUAAAUAUACACACACAUAUAUAUAUAUAAAUAUGAAUACAUCUAUAAUUUUAUAAGUAGAAAUUAUGCCCCAAAAUAUAUUUAUAAAGAGUCUGUAUUAGCUGACUGAAAUAAUCAUAGAUUAAAAAUUAUGGAUAUGUGAAAUAGCAAAUGAUGGCAGGAUUUGAUAACAGUCACCUUACUGAUUACUUAUAAAAAAAACAGUGCAGUGAAAUACGUAAACUUGCUCAGAACUUGCGCUAUGCAUCUCAUGCAAACAAUUCAUUUCACUUGAUACUGUAUAUGCGUGGAGAUAAACCUCCGCCUGUUAUCAAACAGAAUUCUAUUAAAUUACUCUUUUGUGGAAAGAUUUUAUGGUAUAUUCAUCUUUUAAAUUUUUUUUUUUACUUCUUGUCUGUAGGUGGCAGUAGAGAUGGCUUUGUCUAUUUGUGGGACAUUGGCAUUCCUGAUAGGGCUCCUAACAGUUCCCAUGUGUAAGAAAUAGAAAUAAGUACUUAAGUAAUCGCAACAGAAAACUUAUCUUUCAGCAUCCAUUCAUCAUGUCAUUAGGAAUUAUGAAUUAUGUCAUUACAAUUGUCAAUUAUGCAUUUUAAUAUAUAUUUUUUUCAAAUUUCAAAUACCAGGCCUUUACUGAAGAUAUCACUGCAAGAUUCAGUUGGAGAUGCUCUCAAUUUGAUAUUUAGUGAACAGUCCCAGCUUUUAAUUGCUGGUGCUGAAAGGGGAUGUGUGGGGUGGGUGGUGGCAGACUGUCAUUCAUUAACUCCAGUGAGACGAGCCAGGGUUAUUGAGUAAGUAAAUAGGUACAUUAUAUUUUAGAUUUUCAAAUCAGAUACAAAAGCUAAAUAAGAAAUAUAUCAAAUUUUUCCACUUUUAAAAAUUUAUUUCUUAACUUGUAUGUGUUCUUGCUUUAUUUAAGAUUUUCAAAUCAGAUACAAGAGUAAGAAGAAAUAUAUCAAAUUUUUCCACUUCUAAAAAUGUAUUACUUUACUUGUGUGUGUUUAUUUUUUUUGUAACUUACAAAUUUCUGUAAGCCAUUACUCUUUUUAAUUUCUUAGUUGUUGUCGUUGGGUCUUAACUUAUGUUGCUGUUUUGAGUAUAUCCUUAAUGAUUUUCCAAAACUCUAUUCUUUAAGUAGAGUACUACAAUUAUGAGCUGAUGAGGCAAAUAAAAUAGAUUUUUUUUAAUGCCAUGUUAGCAUUCUACUGGUAAUUUUUUUGAGAUCACUCUUUUACUUUAUAUUUUGAUUCUCCUUUCAUUUCAGUAGGACAUGAAUGAGUGGUUAAUUUAUUUUCCAUUAACAAAAAUAAUUUUUUUCCAUUAAUUAUAAUUUGAUUUACAGAAGAGCUGACAUCAUUUUCCAACACCCAAAAUCAAAGACUUUGACAAUUGAUGGCUUGAUUAACCUUCCUGGAGAUCUUGUCGGUACGAGCAACUUAACAAAUAUCCUUUUUAAAUAUCUAAAAUUCUUUCCAGUACCUUGAAUUAUUAAUUUGACUCAACUGGGGUAAAAAUAUUUUUACCUAAAAUUAAAAAAGGAAAUGUAAAUUAUAAAAAUUUAAAAAUUUAACAUAAUUUUUAAAAAAAUAUUAAUUAAUAAGAAACAUAAAAGUGGUAGAAAUUAAAGUUAAUUAAAAUUAUAAUUACAAAGGUAGAAACUUUUGUUGCUAAGUUAUUACCUGAUAAGAGUACUGUUAAUGUACCGGUAUUUAAAACUAUCUCAUUACUAAAUUUUAAAAAAAAAAUCAUGUUUCCUUUUCAAUCAAGAGCCCAACAUAGUUAUUGUCUUGUGUUUUAAUAGUUGUCAAGUGUGUGCUGGGAGCACAAGGUGAAUGAUCACCAUUCUGAUUGUAUGUGUAUAAUCUGUAGCAGCUGUUGUACAUUUCAGCAACAAAACAGGUUGGUUCUGGAGAGAUCCUCAUAUGGGAUCUAGCCAAACAUGUACUUCAGGAGAAGAGGGAAGUAGUCAUUGAACCUCUGAUCAAGCUAAAGUAUCCCCUUCAUAAUGUCAAAUAUCUCAAUUUGGGCUUCAGUAAUGGUAAGGAAAUUAUUUUUUUACAAAUAUUGUCCCAAUUUUUUUUUUGUGAUACACACUAAUUAGUUCUGAGAAUGAUUGCAAAGCACCAAAAUGAAUUCGCUUGAUUGCUUAUAACGUGUUUGAGAUUCAGAUAACUCUGAAACACCAAUGAUAUGGGAUGACUGAGUGAAUAAAUGAGUUGUACAUUUCUUCCAGAUAAAAACCAUAAUAGACAUGGCAGUGUUUCCAGGUCAAUGCCAUUGUACAAAAAUUAAAAACACUGCAAGGAAAAUAUGCCUGCCAAAAUGUGUGUUAACUGUUAUAGAAUUCAGGGAGGCUGCAAUUCAGUGUGGCUCAUAUAACCUCCCUAUUUAUAAUACUUUCUUUUCCAAGUUUCUAUACAAGGCUCAACAAAUUUCUCCAUGGAGCCCUAAGAAUCAAAGUGGAUUAUGAAAAUAGAUCAUUUCACUGUUGAAUCGAUUAUCCAACAUCUUUUCCAGUUUCUCCAUGACCAGCAUCUCCUCUUGCUUUUUAAGUUGCUUCUAAGAUACCUGUCUCUCUCACAUUGUCAAGAGUGUGCUUUGUUUCUUGAGAUAGUUCUUUCUCACAUAAAAGGUCUACAAAAUUCCAACCCAAAUGCACAUGAAAACAUGACAGGUAAUAUCAGACCUGUUUACUCUUACAAUUUUGUCGUACAAUGUACGAUUUUGAGGUGUAUACACUAUAUAUACUGUAUGUUUAUUUUUUACUAUUAAGAUAAUGUAUUGAACGAUUUUGUGAUGACAUUGUAAGAGUUUGGGGGUAAACAGGUUUGUGAUAUUGACUCCAAGUAAGGAUACUGUGUAAUAUUCAAAAACCCAUUGUGGAAUUAAACAGAUUAAUAAGAACUUGAGCAUGAUAAGAGGAAUGUGUUGGAUUUACUUACAAAUAAUUGACCUCCCUCUCAACCUGUGUUGACCUUUUAACCGUAACUGAUGGCAGUACUACUUACUGUACUUAACGUAGAAUCCCAAGGAAGGGAAGUAAUUCCGUUUUGCGAAUGAUAUACUUUUGUAAAAUAUUUUUUUAAGCUGCUAAUUAUACAGUAAUAUUGGUGAAUUAAGGAUAAAUGCAUCCAGAAGAAAAAUUAGGUUUGAAUAAAAUAUAACAUUAACAAAAAUUACGAGCAAUGACCAAAAAUAGAUUUUUUGCACCUCAGGUGAACACAUGAGAUUUCCUUGCUAUUUCUAAAAUAAAAAUGAGAGAGGUGCGUCGCUAUGCUCUGGGACGCAUUUGGAGCAAUCCGUUGGAACCCUCAAAGGGCGCAUUUAGUCACAACUAGAAGACAAUUAAAAUUGUAAUUUUGAACUAUAAAAAACUAAUCCCAAUGUUAGAUUUAAAUGUUCACUAACAAAAAUCUGAAGAAUAUUGUUUUAAAAAAUAUGUUUUUUACCUCAUUGUUUACUGGUGUUCUUGAAACAGGUUAGUUUAAUAAAUUAUUUCAGGUUUGCUGGGUGUUGGGGAUGACCAAGGGAAUCUCUUACUGUACAAUAUUCAGAGUGUUUUAACCAAACACAGAGGUGAAGAGGACGAAAAUGUUUGGGAAGCCUCCAAUGUAAGUAUAAACAUUUUUUAAUCAAAAUGGUCUUUUAAGAGAUUUUUUUUAUAGUGUCAAAGGGGAGCACUGAAUUAUUAGUUUUUAGACAAAAUAUUAAAGACAGAAAUACAUAUAGGUUGCUUCUGAUGGUUUCUAUUUGCUUGCGUUUAAAUAUAUAUAAGAGCAUCCUAAGCAACAUCAUAGUAUAAUAACCAAAUUUACUUGCCACCUUUCAAUAACAUUUUUAAGAUUUAGUAUUUUAGAUUUCUCCUGACAAGUAGUUAUUAAUAGUAACAUGAAUUUUGCAGCAUAAAUUUAAAAAAUGUGUAAUUGUUGUGUUUUAGGUUUUAGAGUGGCCGAACAUAAUCAAUGUCAAGUCAGGGGAUGCACCACGUCAGGUAAUUUUUGUGACCUUAAAUUGGUAAUUCCUAUAUCUUAGGAGGGUUUUGAUUAAAACAUUUUAUGUAUGACGAGGUGGGCACUAAACAAAUUAAAAAUUGGUGUGUGUGUGAAAGUUAACACUGCUCUUUGUAAUUGAAACAGACUUUUAUUUAUUUUUCAAUUUCACCCCCUUAUAUUUUUAUACUCUGUUAUUUUCAUCUCUAUUUCUUUUAACCAUUCUUUUUCUUUGAAAAUUGAAUGUUACUACUUUUAAAUAAAAUUGUAAAAAUGCUACACAUAUUUGCAGGAGCUGGUUGUCAACACGGUGGCCAUAAGUAGCAGUCAUGAAUAUGUGACCGGAGGAACAGACAACAAUUUAGUUUGUAUCUGGAAAAGGGAGGAAGAAGAAGCUCAAGCUGAUGGAGACUGAGUACAGCUGGGUGUAUGGGUGUCAUCUGUACAAAUUGGCGGUAUGGGCGUUUUACUAAGUCUGGAAAUGGAUGUGGGCUAUGGUAAUUUCUGUGUUGAAAAAAAAUGAGUGCUCAUAGUCUGCUAGUGGUGUAUAUGGAAAUGAAAUUGGUAUGAAUUGCUAUUGCUUGCGUGGACAUUUUACAGUAUUUUCAACAAAGGCUCUACUAUAAUAGAAUAGAGUAUUGUCUUACUAAAAAAAAAGUUGUACAUAUUAUCUGACUUUAUUCAUUUUUAAUUGCAAAUACUAGGUGCAGUAUCACAAUAUGAUUUUUGAAAAAAGUUUUAUUUCUUAUGUAAUACUUGAUUAAAAUUUGUUCAUUUUAUUAGGCAUUCUCUUGGAUCGCUUAUAAGAAUGCUGGUCAAUGCCUGAAAAUUGACUUAGUUGCAAAAAGAGUGUUAAUUAUGGAUCAUUGAUUCGCUAUAAUUAUAAAAGCUCUUCUAUAAUUUUCAAGUUAUAAAUGUCCCUUUUAAUAUACUUGGUAUUUAUUUACUGACUUGGCGAUGAACUUUGCUUUUCUUUUAAAAAAAAAAAAUGGAAGCACCAUGGUACAAGAAAUACAGUAAAAUAAUAAGAAAAUGAACACAUAGUGGCAGUCUAAAUGCAUAGUGUGAUAGUCGUAUGGAGUUGAGUUAAAUGUUAUGUCAGGAAAUGAUCUUGCUUAUGUUAAACAUGCUAUCUGUGCGAUCCCCAGUUUGAAUGGCACAUUGGGAGUUCAUUGAAACUGAAGGCAAAAAUAUCUUUAAACAUUACUCAUGUUGUGCAUUUUUCAGUAUCAUAUUUUAGUUUAAAAAAACUUCAUCUAGAGAAAUGCACAAUGUUUGAUGUGUAUGUAAUGUAUACUUUGAUGUUAUAUUGUGUCUGUUACUUUUUUUAACACUAUUUGACUGAAGUAAUUUAGGUACUAUUGCUAUUAAAUUUUUUAAAAUCCAGUUUAAAAAAAAAAAAGUUGAAAGUUUCUUUGUUGGAGAUUAAAACUGUAUAGACAAUGGAAUUGUUAACUUUGUGAAUGAAACAUGUUUUACACAAUUGAAACCCUUGCAUUUGAAACGUAAAUAUUAUUUUGAGACAAGAAGAAAUGGGCCAAAAUUUACUGUUUGUUUUUUGUUUGUUUACAAACUCAAAAAGGAUUUUGAUUUUUAUUUAAAUAAAAAAAUGACAUUUAGGACUAAUAGUUAAAUAUAAGAGAUGUUACAUAAACUUUGGUGGUGAUUGGGCUUAAAUUGUGUAAUGAAUUUGAACAGAUUACGGGUUCAGAGUUCUGAAAACUUAUUUUUAUCUGAUUUAGUUGGUGUACAAGUUGCAUCCAUAACCUUUCCUAUAGAGUUUUAAAACAUGGAUAUGUUGUUAUAAGAACUUAUUGGGACGAUGCAAUACUGUUCACUUUUAAAGUGCAUGACGCACUCUUUUAAAGACAUCAUUUUACAAUGCUCCAUUCUAUUUUAGCCCACUCUGCUGGCUGUAUAAAGAAGUGCUUUUGUUUUUUCUGAGAAAUCAAAAAUAAAACAAUCUUAGUUAAUAAAAUUGUACGGACAUUGGAAAAAUUCACGGAAAUAGAUGCUUAAUGAACUUCUUUGCAGGAAGCUCUUAGUUGACUAAUAGAUUGUUGCCUAAUGACCUACUUUGCAGGAAGCUCUUAGUUGACAUACUUAGUCAAGGACAAGCAUUAUCUUAAAUUUCACAUUAAUUAGAGUGGUUUUGUUUCAGCGUCAUAGAGUGUUCAUUUUUUUCCAGUUCAUACAUUUUAAAUCAAUGAAAAAAAAUUUACUUGUAAAUCUGUGUCCAGUAAUUUUGUUAAUUGGGUUGCCCAAACCACCCAGUGUAUAGACAAAAAUCACAAUUCUUAUAAUGAUUGAUGUUUAAGUUUAUGAAUAAAUUGUGCAGUUCUCAUUAAGCUCUGUUCUGUUAUUGUAAUGUUUAAGAGAUCUUUUCUGAUUUCUAGAUGAUAUGCUGUAUCAGAC